AUGAAGCGUUCCUCAUCCCCCUCCGAUGAUGACGAACUUAGCGAGCCAGGCGCCAAAAGAGUCUCUUCGGAUUCCACCUCUGUUUCCGAUACCGACGACUCCUUUGUAAUGCCCAAAGAGCAGGAGGACUGGGUCACCUGGGCGUCAAUGCGAGCAUUGUUUCCACCGGACACCUUGUUAGACACCGACUUCAAACGAGACCUUAACAUCAAGUGGGGUUAUCAACAGAGAACGCAGACAGCCAGAAGAACCGCCGAUGGCCUAGUUGUGGCUAUCAAGGGCUACGAACCGCCAAAUGACAAUGAAUUGCGGCCACCCUUUGCCCCAUCAAAGGUUCACCAAAUCGCCUUUUUCUCAGAGUUCGAACACCCUGGCAUACCCAGUUACCUUGGCCAUUUCCUGGAAGACUGGCGAAUCAACCUCGUCUUUGCCUACGAUCAGGAUGCCCCGGAUCUCGAACACCUUGUCGGGGAAAGGAAUCUCUCAGAAGCCGAGGUGUCACACUAUGUCAUGCAACUCGCGGAAGUGUUGAACCACUUCCAUACCAACGGCGCGGUGCUUCGAGCGAUGGAUCCAAGUAGCGUCAAGUGCUAUCCCGGUUAUCACAUCAAGCUGGUAUGCCUGGAUUCUUGGGACCUCCUUGACCCGGAUGGCUUCACCUCUGGGGAUCACGGCUUAUCCAACGCUCGAGCUCCGGAAAUGCUAGCAGGAGGUCAAUACGGCACAUCUGUGGACUGGUGGAAUCUCGGCUUCAUGAUGUAUUACUUGUGUACAUAUCGCCAGCCUUUCCAAGAUCGUAAGUUUCUCCUUUAUAACCUUACGAAAAGGACAAACUUACAGAGAGCUUCGCUAAUGUACUCCUCCUUGAAAAUCACCUAUUUAGGAAGCCAUGUGGCGCACGCGGAAGUCAUAUUCCCUCGUACGAUGUCCGAACCUAUGCGCGAAAUGAUCACGCUUCUUUUGAAGAAGGAUCCCAUGGAACGUAUCACAUCUUUGGCCGCCCUGAAAGACUUACCCAUUUAUUCCAACAUCUGGCCACCCAGGCCUUUGAACAAUUUAUUUUGGGGGUGA